AUGUCAGGUGGUACGAUUGUUUACACGCGGUACAAUGGGUCGGCUACCUCGAGGGGAGUGGUGCUGACUUUACACCCUCCCCUCCCUUCACCUCUCACCACAUCAGCGAGAUCGGCGCACGCGCAAGCCAGUUGCCCGCCGCGCAGCCUUCAGAAUCGUUUGUUUACAUCUUUAUUAUUCGUGGCAUCUUUACAUAGUGUUGCUUAG